GCAAGAAAAGCACAGUCUGGUAAUGAGUCUCGUGCUGAUACAGAACUGAUAACAAUAGUUGUGGAUCGUUCAUUUAUUUCCAGUAAAACUUAGUUCAUAUCAUUUCAUCACGUAGUUGUUGCAGCAACUCUAUUGGUUACGAGUUUACUAUGGGCAUUUUGAUACAGUACUUAUUGGACUGGGAGUUUUGGAGGCUGUACGUUUCCUUAUUUGUUGUAGCCUCUGCGCUCAUAUUUUUAAGGAGUAAAAGGAUAAAAAGGAAGUUGCCACCAUUGCAGCAUGGAGCUCCAGAUAGUGAAGAGUGUGAUGAUGACUCGGACCUCACGCCAGCCUUGGAGGAAAAGGAGCACAUUCCUUUCGCAGGGGCGACAGUUACGCUUCCCGGAGGUGCGAAAACGUUUUACGAAUUAGUUAACAAUCGCCGUAGUAUACGAAAGUUUAGUUUAAAGCCAGUCCCUCGUGAGAUACUCGAAUAUUGCAUACGAGCAGCAGGAACAUCCCCUAGUGGUGCGCAUACCGAGCCUUGGACAUUCUGUCUCGUUAGUAGUGAUGAUAUCAAAAUGCAAGUUCGUGACAUAGUUGAAGCGGAAGAAUUCAUUAAUUAUGAGCAACGUAUGUCGAAGGAAUGGACAUGUGAUUUGCGACCAUUGCGAACGAAUCAUGUGAAAGACUACUUGACGACGGCACCAUAUUUGAUAUUGGUUUUUAAACAAACUUAUGGUUUGCGGGAUGAUGGUAAGCGGAAGCAGCAUUACUAUAAUGAGAUUUCAACAUCAAUUGCUGUUGGAAUUUUGAUUUGCGCUUUGCAAGCUGCUGGGCUGAAUUCACUUGUGACCACUCCUCUGAAUUGUGGUCCAGCUCUGAGGUUGCUACUCAAUCGACCGUCGAAUGAGAAAUUGUUAGUACUUUUGCCAGUUGGCUAUGCUGCAGAUGAUUGCACUGUGCCUGAUUUGAAGCGUAAAAGCUUAAAUGAAAUUUUGGUGGAAUACUAGUAAGGAAAUGUUAUGUAUACAUGAUUGUUACUCAAUAAAAUGUUGAUAAUUAGCUCCAGA